AUGAUUGUUCUGUCCUCAGACCCCCUGUUGCCCGACAAUAUUGAUACGUUGCAAGAACAUAAGGAACAUAUCAAGAAGGAACCAGUUAUGUUUUUGGAACAUUGCAAUGUUCCAAAAGAAGACAAGUUUACCAGAGCCAUCCUUAAAUGUGCCGGCGUCACCUCGUGGACCAAUCUCAUACCCAGUGUCCAGUUCACAGAAAUGUCUCUUACUAGUUGCGGCAUGCACCCCAGUCUGGCGUCCUUUCUGCUCACCGAGGCCAUGGAUCAAGUGAAUGGUCUCACAGAAGAGAUCAUUGAGCUUCAAGAUGAAGAAGAAGACCCCAAGUUUAUGUCCACACCUCCUGUUCCAGUAUCCCCAGAGUUUUGA